AUUGUCCAGUACUUCCAACAUGGUUUUAGAUGUGGGGAAGAAGGAUGAGGCUGAGGGAGCUCAGCAGGUUGUCACCGUGCACACGGCAUCGCUCAGUCAACACUCGGCUAGCAUGGCACAGUUGUCCAGUGUCAUGUGGAGGGAUCAUUUGUGCCAAGAGUUCACCUCCUACAUCCCUCUUACUGUGCUCCUUGUGGGAUGUGCGCUGCUCUUUGGCAUCAUAGCUAAUGGCAUGCAGGUGAGGGAUAGAAACCUGCAGAUGUUCCUCAUCAUCGUCAUUGUCCUCACCACAGCCUGGAUGGUCUUCUACAAGGCGCACACGUGCCCACAGAAGGAGGCCGUGCCCUGCAAGGAUAUGCACGCGAGACCCAUGUGGCUCAGAGGUGGUCUGAUGCUGUUUGGAUUUAGCAGUUUAAUAGUGGUCAGCUUGAAGAUCGCCUACUACGUGGGUUGUGUGGACUGUGAUGUGGAAAAUCAGCUUCUCUGUAGUGCAAGCUGUGUUUAUUCUGGUGAAGACUUCCUUCCUCUGGCUCCAUGCGAGGGACUGUGUGCAUGUUCAAAGAAGCGUAACUCGUACUGCAUGUUUGCCUCAGCCAUGACCUUUGUAAUGUGGAGGAACGUAGGCCAGAUGGUUGAUGAUCACCUGUCCCACGGGCACUGUUUCCACCUGCGGAACGCCAUGAGUCGCCUGGCCAGCGGCCUGGUGGUGCUGGUAGUCGGUGCAUGCGCCUUCAUAACUUAUGAGAAGGACAUGGCAGCCGAGGAGCAGGAAAAAGGGGGACGAGGCGCUCAGUGUGUUUUAUAUCACCAACAUUUUUGUCAUUGCUUUAAUGACGAUGGUCUCAGUGAUUGA